AACACGGAGUGCAAUUAGUGUGGCACCGGGUGGGACCACCUAGCCACCUAGCACCAUAGGCUAGUUAGAAGUAGCUAGCUGGAGUUGUGCGCAGCUGUACAGCGGACACUCUUCAUGCUUAGUGAGAAAUGUUUCAUCUACUUGACGGCGACAUUGUACUGUAUAGCCACGCCAGUUGCUCUUUUUUUGACGCUUUUCGCCUCGUUUUGCUCUCCGUUGUCGACGUUAGCUUGCUGGUCAGUUCGCCCCUGUAAGCUAAGUAGCCGUCUUUACUUACUACUGGUCUAGGUGUCAAUAUUAGCAGUGACUUCCUUGGGUGCCCGCUUGCCUGAGCUGUCAACUUCGGGACACGUCAAGGUUCUGUGCGUUGGUGUCUGGGUUCUGGGGCUUGUGAUGUCCGAGCCCAAGACAGCCCCUCCAACCCCAGCUGGAGACACAUAUAAGGGAUGGGUGUUCAAGUGGACUAAUUACAUCAAGGGUUAUCAGAGGCGCUGGUUCGUCUUGAGUCAUGGCUUGUUGUCCUACUACAGGACCCAGGCGGAAAUGGGCCACACUUGCCGCGGCACCAUCAACCUGGCGACGGCGACCAUCACCGUGGACGACGCGUGCAACUUUGUCGUCUCCAACGGUGGCGCACAGACGUACCACCUGAAGGCCAGCUGCGAGGUGGAGCGACAGCGUUGGAUCACCGCGCUGGAACUGGCAAAGGCCAAAGCGGCGGCACGCCUUCAGCUUGAGUCAGAUGACUCCAGUGACGACUGCUCCCAUUCACUGCCCACGGCGCCUUCCGGACAAGGCGGCGGCGUCCCGCAGAAUGCCGAAGUCCAGUCGGCCCUGCGGACCCUGGGUAGCAAGGUGGAAGAUCUGAGCACGUGCAACGAUCUCAUCUCCAAGCACGGCUCCGCUCUUCAGAGGUCUUUGUCCGAGCUGGACAGUUUGCGUCUGACGGGAGAGGCGGGAGAUAAAAUUCGUCAGGUGACGGAGAGGGCCACGCUGUUCCGCAUCACUUCCAACGCCAUGAUCAAUGCGUGCCGAGACUUCCUGGCGCUGGCGCAGGCACACAGCAAGCGUUGGCAGAAGGCGCUGCAGGCGGAGCGGGAGCAGCGAGUGCGCCUGGAGGAGACUUUGGAGCAGCUGGCCAAGCAGCACAAUCACCUGGAGCGAGCCUUCCGGGGGGCCGCCGCGCAGGCCAACGCCACCGCCGACAAUAAGAGCGCGGUCGCAGCAGCGAAAGGCGAGGCCAGCGACGAGGAUGACGACAACGAGUUCUUUGACGCGGUGGAAGAAGCCCCUGAGUUCAUCACUGUUCCCGCAGACCCUCACUUCCACAAGAGAUCGAACAGUAACGCCAGCGGUUUCAAUAAUGAAAUUGGUUCAGAUGAUCAGUCGCUGAACGAGGAGCCCCUGGCCAUGAACCAGGAGUCGCCCUCGCAAGAGUUGCUGCCGCUGAAGGAGCGACGCGCGCGCAUCCCGGACAAGCCCAACUACUCCCUCAACCUGUGGAGCAUCAUGAAAAACUGCAUCGGCAAGGAGCUCUCCAAGAUUCCCAUGCCUGUGAACUUCAACGAGCCCAUUUCCAUGCUGCAGCGUCUGUCCGAGGACCUGGAGUACCACGAGCUGCUGGACAAGGCGAGUAAGUGCCACAGCACGCUGGAGCAGAUGUGCUACGUGGCCGCCUUCUCCGUGUCGUCCUACUCCACCACCGUCCACCGCACGGGCAAGCCCUUCAACCCGCUGCUGGGCGAGACGUACGAGCUGGACCGCCGGCGGGAGAGCGGCUACCGCUCGCUCUGCGAGCAGGUCAGUCACCACCCGCCGGCCGCGGCCCAUCACGCCAUCUCCGAUCGAGGCUGGACUCUGAGGCAGGAAAUCACCGUUGCCAGCAAAUUCCGCGGCAAAUAUCUCUCCAUCAUGCCGCUAGGCACCAUUCAUGCCAUCUUUGACAAGGACAACAAUCACUACACAUGGAAGAAAGUGACCACCACUGUGCACAACAUCAUAGUUGGGAAACUCUGGAUCGACCAGUCGGGAGAGAUCGAUGUGGUGAACCACACAACGGGAGACCGCUGCCAUUUGAAAUUUGCGCCUUAUAGUUAUUUCUCCAGAGAUGUGGCCAGGAAGGUGACCGGCGUGGUGAUGGACAAGGAAGGCAAGGCCCAUUACGUGCUGUCGGGCACAUGGGAUGAGAAACUGGAGUUUUCCCGCGUGAUGCAAAGCAGCCGCGGCGGGGAAAACGGCUCCGAGGGGAAACAGAAGACCGUCUACCAAACUCUGAAAGCCAGAGAGGUGUGGCGGAAGAACCCUCUGCCUGAAGGCGCGGAGACCAUGUACUACUUCACGGCUUUGGCGCUCACUCUCAACGAGCCCGAGGAGCCCGUGGCGCCCACGGACAGCCGUCGCCGACCAGACCAGCGGCUUAUGGAGGACGGGCGCUGGGACGAGGCCAACAGCGAGAAGCAGCGGCUGGAGGAGAAGCAGCGCAUCGCCCGGCGCGAGCGCGAGAGGGAGGCUCUCAGCCAGCGUACCUCCAGCCACCCAGAUGAAGCUGUCGAUGAGGAUUCUCUUACUGAUCCGUCACUGAAAAGCGCACCUCACGACCUCUACAAAGCACUUUGGUUCGAGCGCUGCCAGGACCGAAUCACAGGUGAGCAGGUUCACGUCUACAAGGGCGGCUACUGGGAAGCCAAGGAGCGCGGCUACUGGGAGGGCUGCCCUGACAUAUUUUGACCACCGGCGAAUGAAACGGAAGAAGAAGAAGAAAAAAAAAGUCGGUUCUCUGUUCUAAGAGACCCCCAGAACACGGUGGUGGGCCCCUCAAGCUUGUUGUGAGUAGUCCUUCCUUCCUUCCUUCCUUCCUUCCUUCCUUCCUUCCUUCCUUCCUUCCUUCCUUCCUUCCUUCCUUCCUUCCUUCCUUCCUUCCUUCCUUCCUUCCUUCCUUCCUUCCUUCCUUCCUUCCUUCCUUCCUUCCUUCCUUCCUUCCUUCCUUCCUUCCUUCCUUCCUUCCUUCCUUCCUUCCUUCCUUCCUUCCUUCCUUCCUUCCUUCCUUCCUUCCUUCCUUCCUUCCUUCCUUCCUUCCUUCCUUCCUUCCUUCCACAUCCAUCUCUCCCAAUGUUUGUGAUUAAUCGGUGGCCUUCAUGAAGACAGUUUCUGGUUUGUCUGAUUAUUUGUGUCUUAAUAUAAAGUCGCCUACUGUGCGGACUAUGUGUGUUUGGGUGGAUGGGGGUGUGCGCUUGUGUGUGUGUGGCGGGGGAGGGGGACGGGAGGCUGUUAUCGAGUUCAACUGUGAUCGAGUAGCGUGCAACAUCUCUCCUCCUCGCCUUAGACAACCUACGCUCACCUGUCAGAAACGUGUGAGUGAACUGGACGCUCAGGUUUUAUUACGGUUGGAAGUAAAAGAAGGCUGAAGUAAUUAUUUUUGUUUUCUGUUUUAAAGAGAAAUACUUGUUUUAUGGUGUGAAUAUACACAUUUAAAGUAAAUGCAGUGCUAAUUAAAAAAAAAUAUAUAUAUAUACAUAUAUGCAAGCACAUUUUGACACCAAAAAAGUGUUUCGUCUUUUUCUUUUCUUUUUUCUUCCCCCUGUUGUCUGUAAGUGUACUUAAUCAAGACACACAAUCUAAAAAUAUCUGAUUUUAUAAAUGUAUAAUGUCUGGAAAACGGUGAGGCAUUUUUCUGUGGUUUCAUGUCACCAAAAAAGGGAGAUUUCAUGCUCGACUGAUUGAAGAGCCGUCAUAACAUUGUUUUUGAUUUUGUAUCCAAGAAGAGGAAAUCUUUAAUAAACACUGUAAUGUCAAGCAACUAGUUUUUGAUGACAUUUAUUUUCAUAUGCAUGAUAUUUGGAAAAAUGUUUCACCAUUCCAUUUUCCCCCUUUCAACGCUUCCAGCAAAAUGUCACAACUGUUUUCCACCUUGCCAUUGAAAAGAUGUCUUUAAUGUCCAAGUACAUCUUAAGUCUGUACUGUGUGUAAAAGUUGAGUCUAUAUAAAAAGGAAACAAAUCA